CGGCGGCGGCGGCAGCACCGGACUCGCGGCGGCGGCGGCGGCGCGGGGGGGGGAGCGGCCGCCGGGAGGGGCUCGGCGGGGCGGACGGGGGGCAGCAGCAGCCGCCGCCCCCGCGGGUUAUUUUCCGCCGGACGCGAAGCAGCGGCGCCGAGGCGAAUCGGGGCAGCGGCGCCGGGAGCGGCUGCGUCUCCACCACCCGCCAGCGCUGCCUAAAAAUAGGCCUCCCCCGGCGUAGGGACGCGGACACCGCCGGCGCCUGGCCCCUCCCGCACACCCGGCGCGCCAUGGCCAGGCUGCCCGCGCUGCUCCUGCUCCUCGGCCUCGCCGCCCACGUCGGCCUCGCCAAGAAGGGCAAGAGCAAACCCGGCGGCUGGGGCACCGGCGGCGGCCGCCAACCCAGCUACCCCCGCCAGCCCGGCUACCCCCAAAACCCCGGCUACCCCCACAAUCCAGGCUACCCCCAUAAUCCGGGCUACCCCCACAACCCCGGCUACCCCCACAACCCCGGCUGGGGCCAAGGCUACAACCCGUCCAGCGGAGGAAGCUACCACAACCAAAAGCCCUGGAAACCCCCGAAAUCCAAGACCAACCUGAAGCACGUGGCCGGGGCGGCGGCGGCCGGCGCCGUGGUGGGCGGCCUGGGCGGCUACGUCAUGGGCCGCGCCAUGUCGGGGAUGCACUACAACUUCGACAGCCCCGACGAGUACCGGUGGUGGAACGAGAAUUCGGGGCGCUACCCCAACCGGGUGUACUACCGGGACUACAGCAGCCCCGUCUCGCAGGACCUGUUCGUGGCCGACUGCUUCAACAUCACGGUGACGGAGUACAACAUCGGCCCCGCCGCUAAGAAGAGCAACGCGUCGGAGGCCGGCCAGGACGGCAACAAAACCGAGACGGAGAUGGAGACCAAAGUGGUGACCAACGUGAUCCGGGAGAUGUGCGUGCAGCAGUACCGCGAGUACCGCCUGGCCUCCGGCGGCCGGCUCCACCUCACCGAAGCCUUGCCCAAGCUCCUGGUCCUCCUCGCCGUCCUGCUCGCCAUGCCUUGAGGGGGCAUCCGUCCGCAACGGCCUCUUGUCCUUGCUUGUGUUUGUCUUUGGUGAAGUACCGUGAGAUCCAUUAGCGCUAAUGAGCACCAAUAACGUCUUAGAGACGCGAGACGAACGUCUUAGAGACUUGAGAUGAACGUCUUAGGGAUUCAAGAUGCCGGUAGUCCUCUUCCAAAGCCGUUCCCGGUUAUCUCCAUGGGGGCUCUACGUACCAUUCAGGGCCAAAAGUCAACGGGAUGCAAAUCUAAGCUGCAAUUUUAGUUAGUGGUCCUCUUCCAAAGCUGUUCCCACUUAUCUCCAUGGAGGCUCUACCUACCAUUCAGGGACAGAAGUCAAUGGGAUGGAAAUUUAAGAUGCAGUUUUAGUUAGUGGUCCUCUUCCAAAGCCGUUCCCAGUUAUCUCCAUGGAGGCUCUACAUACGAUUCAGCGCCAAAAGUCAACAGGACACAAAUUUCAGAUACAAUUUUAGUUGGUGGUCCUCUUCCAAAGCCAUUCCCAGUUAUCUCCAUGGAGGCUCUACCUACCAUUCAGAGCCAAAAGUCAACGGGAUGCUAUUUUAGUUAGUGGUCCUCUUCCAAAGCCGUUCCCAGUUAUCUCCGAGGAGGCCCUACGUAUGAUGCGGCACCAAAAGUCAACGGGACUCAAGUUUAGCCAGUCCUCGCUCCGGAUUCACUCUCGUGCCUCAUUCAUACUCCUCGGCGCAAGGUGGUUGACACUUAUGGAGCCGGACACACGAGGAAGGGACCUUCACGGCGUCACCCUGCUCCUGGGAGCUGCCCUCCGCCCUCCCCGGCAGAGCGUGCGGGAAAUCCUCUUUGCUAACAGACAACCUUUUAGCUAAUCUGCUUAGUACCGGUGACACUAAAAUACCCUUGCCCGGGGAACGGCAUGUUGUUGAGCAUCCUUCCAGGUGCCGGUUGCUCAACAUGUGCAUGUCCCAUCACUUUUUUGGGGACGGGGGGAAGGACAGACAUGGUUUUUCAAGCAAGACCCUCGGCUGCAAGGUCACGGAGGUCGCCCUUUUACGCUUUCCAGGCUAAUUCCCCCCAAACCGCCCCCUGCGUGUACACAGAAACCAGCCCCCCACCCCAGCCCGGCACCUUGCAUGCUGCAAAUCGCUCCCGCAGCCGGCAAAGAAAGGCGAUUUUUAACAGCGAGACUAAAGCUGCAGCCGCUCGCCAAGCCCUAACGCCUCGAGAGCCGGGUCGCUUCCGCCUCCGGGACAGCCACGGCGAGCAGCGUCGGAAAACCCAGUCCCGGGAGACAGGGGAUGCUGGAAAACCCCCUUGUGCAAGCGAUUAGCUGCGGCACGGCGCUCCGGCUCGCUCAGCAUGCCGGCGGCACGGAUGCUCCUCUGGCUCCGCGGAUGCUGACGCAAAGGCCCUGUACAUAACCUGUAGCUAUAUGUAAAUCUCUAUGUAAAGUCACGCUUGUCGAGGUGGUCGCAGCGAGUAUCUAAUAUAUAUUGCAUAUUUUUUUUUGCGAAGCACUGGAUGACACCGUUAUCAAACCACCCUAAACUAUUUUUGCUUCAGUGUAAGCUAAAUGGAGAGAGAUAUAUAUAUUGUAUAGAAAUCUUUCAGGACCUUCACUGUAAAAGCAGGACUUUGGUCACGCGUACUUUGUGAUACGAGAAUGUUUUGUAAAUUUGUAACGGUGCACGUACUAAAUUUUACGUUCCGAUACUUUUAUAAAUGUUGGAUGUCUGGUAAAAAUUAAAAUAAACAAAGCAAAGACGCAA